AUGGAAGAAGAGAAGAGACCACCGCUACCAACCCGACCCUCCCAAACCCCAACAGAGGAGAAACCCCCCACUAAAGACCCCUAUCUCACCGACACCAGUAAACAUCAAGACCAGGAACAAGACCAGGAACAAGACAAUGAGGAAACAAAUACAAACCCUGCAUUACCAGCAUAUACCCCAACAGUUCUAAUCCAAAACCAAACAUCCCACACCGCCUAUCGACCCUCCUCCAUCCUCCCCAAACCAGUCGUCAUACCCCAAACAUCCCACUCAAUCCACGGCACAAUCUACCGCCCCUUCGCGCGGGCCUACCCACCAACCCUAGAACGCCACGGAAUCCCCAAAGCCGAUUUCCUGGCCUUCAUCGACGGCCUCAACGCCGUCUGGGUAGCAAACCCCUACAUCCAGGCUAUUAGCACGACCAGCAAGGCUGCGGUGUUUGUGCCGGUUUUGCAGGUGCAGAUUGCUGCGUUGGGGUUGGCGGCUGCGGCGGAGUAUGGGUCGGUGAAGGUUUCGCAGAGACGGACGACGGAGUAUAUGCGGGUGGCGAAUGAGGAGUUGUUUCGGCCGAGGGGGUUGCGGGUGCAGGUGCUUAGGACGAAGGUUAUGAUGGCUGAGGUGGGGAUUCCCGGGGAGGUGUUGGAACUUGGGGAGUGUGGGGGGAGGGAUGAGGAGUUUGGGGAUUUGGAGGGUUUGGGGGAUGGUGGGAAGGGGAAGGAGAAGGAGAAGGAGAAGGAGAAGGAGAAGUAUGAUCCGCAAUUGAGGAGGGUGGAGGCUUUGAAGGACUUUGUUUGUCCGGUUGUUUAUGAGGAGGCGGGUGAGGUGGGCAAGGAGAAUUGGAUAAAGAGGGCUUCUGAUAAGCAGGAGAGCUGGCUUGCUGAGAGGCAGAAUAGUUCCAUUGUGGGGAAGAGGGAGAAGGCUGGGAAGUUGAUGAGUGAGGCUGAUGAGGCGGAGCGGCAGAUUAGUCUGAAGAUCGAGGAGGUUGCUCGUGCGAAGGUUGCUGCUGAAGAGAGGGCUAGGGAGAGGAUGGAUGGCCCAUUGGGGGAGUCGUUGCAGGGUAGGGGCAUGAUUCAGGAUGAUCUGGACAAGGAGAUGAAGAAGCUGGACAAGCAAAUGGAGAAGCUCAUGAGGGAAAGGGAGAAGAAGGUUACGAAGAUCAUGAAGAAGGGUAAAGAACAUCUGCAGAAAGUGGAGAAGAAAGAGAGUCGUAUUGCGCAGAAGGUGAUGUGGGUGGUGGUGACGGGGGAUGAUGGCUCGGGCUUUCAGAACCAUCUUUGUGAGGAGUCGGACGCUUGA